CGUUGCUUUCAGGAUGCUCCACUGGCGUAACACCGUGCUGCUGGUGGCUGCGGAGCUGCUCUCGUUGACCACAUGCUCUGGUGGGGUUGGAGUUGUUACCCAUGAAGAACCGCAGCAGUAUCCAGGUCAAGAGGUCACUGAGCACCAGUCUGCACCCAACACUUCCACUGGCCUCCCCGCAGACCAGCCACUGCAGGUGGCUCUGGGCCAGACGGUUUUGCUUCCUUGUCUUCUACCAUACCUCCCCACCUCUCUGAAUGAGGUCCGUGUGUACUGGUCCACCAAAGACAACAGCCAGGUGGAGAAGAUCUAUAAGCGCCCAGUGGAGGUGGUUCACGUCUUCAACAAAGGCCAUGAGGAGUUUAUGCAUCAGUCCUCCGCUUACCACAACAGGACCCGGCUCUUCACCAAUCAGCUGCAGUUUGGCAACUUCAGCCUGGAGUUACGCAACGUCUCUGAGCACGACAACCUCACCACCUUUCAGUGUCUUGCACUUUAUGAUGGAAUUAUAGGUCCUAAAUUCCUGAACAAUGUUUCUUUGCUGAUAUUGCAUAAAGAUGAUGGUUUUGAGAAUAAGUCAAGAGCUCUCCCUACUGAUAGCAGGGUGUAUUGGUUCAUCAGUAUCCCAGCAGCGGUUGGUAUUUCCCUGGUGCUGCUACUCGCUGCAAGAAAUAAGUGCAACUCUUCACCCCGAGAUAACAAUACUGACCCAGAGCGUGGUGAGGUACCUCAGCAUGGCCACUGGGUGGCAGAAGAGUCCACGGUCGAGCUGGAGAUGAGAUAAGAGUGUGGCGGAAAGAGAGAGAGGGAGAGAGAGGAGGAUGGAGGAAAGAGAGAGA